GGCAAAGUAAAGAAAAAGGAGAGUUAACUGUGUUAUGGACACAACUUUAAGGUUAGUUGUUAAGAACUGGUCCCAAUUUGUAUUUACAAAAGGUGUUGGAACCCCACAAGACAGCUGAUCAUCACAUAGCCUUCAGACAAAAAAAAAAGGCAACUGUUAAAAAGGGUUUGACAGUUUCUUUCUGAGCCAUUUGAUCUAACCCAAAGAUAAUAUUUUGCAUGUUCAACAGAGCUGUAUCGGCCAUCCCAAGGACCCAACGCAUGUGAGUGACCAAUCAGUAGGGCCAAUUUACAUAUAUGGCUAACUCAGCAUGUGUAUUAGCACAUAGCAAGUGGCAUUUGUCAGCUAAUAGCCUACUUUAAACAAUGUCUCUAACUUUAUAUCAGCAGAUUAAUAUAGAUAUCUAACAAUCCACCACUACUUCACAGUUAUCAAAGUUUCAAAUCAUAAGCAGAUUCUUUGGUAUUUUCAAAUUUGAAUUCAAGCAUGAAAAGAUGGCAACUGAAGCAGAAAUCAUUCCAGAAGCUAUUUCUUUAGUGGAAUAAAUCCGAUGAAGUGAUACACAAGAUUCAUGAGACCAGUUGCUUGUGCUUCACUGAUGCCAGCCAAGAUUUAGCUUUUAACUGUCAACAAAUUCAAAUAGCAUCAUCGGUUGUAGAAAGGUUUUAGGAAAACGGCUUAUCGAUAAGACUCCAGAGCAUAGUCCAUUCAACAAAGCCAUGGAGGAAAAAAAUUGCACAAAUGAACUUCAUCCAGUAUCAAAAGGAGAUGAAACAAUUAAUAAGGUGGAAGACUAUAGUUCAGUCUCACCUGAAUGUCUCAAGGAACAGAUAGAAGCAAACAAAUCAGAGGACCCUUUAAGUGUGCCUGGUGAACACAGAGAAUCAGAAGAAAAAAUUAAGGAGGACAUUGUCGAUAAAUCAAAACGGUGUCAAGAGGAUAAUAAUAUUGAAUCUGGGGCAAAACUGAGAGAAGAGACAAGCUUAAACGACACUGAGGUGAAUGAGGAGCUUUCGAAUACAUCGAAUAUCAGCUCAAUGAAGAAGAAUAUAGAAACUAAUGAGAUUAAAGAGACGCAACUAAAAGAAAUAUCACCCGACUUGGCACCUAAAGCCCCAACUGAUGACAAUGAAGAAGUGGAAAAGCAGAUUCUAAAUGUGGAAACUGUAGACAAGGAUGAAGCUGAGGUAAUCAAGAGAGAUCCUGAUGCAGUGUACAUAUCCAGGGAUCAAAUUGAUGAAGCUGAGAAAAGUCCAACUUUGAAUGCGGAUGAACCGAGGAAAAUUGAAUCACCUGUGGAUGGAGAUCAUGUUUUUGAAGACAAGGGCAUUGAACAAGAUGCAGAAACCAAGGAAAGCUUAACAGCAGAAGAACUGGAAGCGAAUGAAGUCGAAGAAACCAAAGGUGUACCAGAAACAUCAUCCAAUUACUUACCUCAAAGAGUUGAAACUAUUGUGGAAGAUGAUAUUAGCUCCCACAAAAGUCUCCCAGAAGAGAAACCAGAGGAGCAACUUCAAACUUCUGCCUCCACACCUUCUGAGGAUGAAGAGAUAAGAACUGUACCCCCAAUUGAGAAGAUAGAAGGAAAGAUACAGAAGGAUGCUGAAACAAAACAUAAGAGUCUAGAAGAUUCUUCAAAGACAACAGAAGAGGUAUGCUUGGAAAAGGAAGUGUCUAAGGCUGUCUCAGAGGAAGAAAAAAAUGUUGAUCAGGGUCUUCCAAAAGAGGAACUAGAAGAGCCAAUUCAGACCACAUUGCCUUCCGAGGAAAGGAAGCAUGGAACUGGAGCCAUAAGCGAGGAGAUAGAAUAUGACAAAACAAAGGAAGAAGUGACCACAAAGGUAGAUGUUGUUACAGGAGAUGAAAUAACUGGUGAGCAGACUCUCUCAGCGAAUAAACCAGACGAGGGGACAACAAGCUCCGACUUGCUUUCCAAGGAACCAAAGGGAGAAAAUAUAAGCACUGUUGAGAAGACAGAAGAAGAGAAAAUAAAGGAAGCAGAAAUUGCAGACCAGAUUUCAGAAGAUUCUCCUGAUGCAAAGAAAACAGCAGAGAUAUGCUUGGACAGAGUAGAGCUUCAGGAGCUUGAAGGUGCUAUGAAAGAUGAAACUGUUGCUGCUGCUCAGGCUGAGGAACCAAAUGAGCAAUCUUUAACUUCAUCAUAUGCAAUGCCUUCUGAGAACCUAGAGCAUGGAACUACAGCCAAUGUUAUUGGGGUAGAAGAGGAGAAAGUGAAGGAAGUGGAGAUGCCAGAAAAGGGAAGAACUCAGGAAAUUCCAAACCCUGUUGUCACAUUGCCAUCCGAUGAGCAUAAGCAUGAAACUGUCAACGAAGUUGACAAGGCUGAAGAAGAGAAAGUAAAGGAAGAAGAAAUUCAAAACGAAGAUUCUGAUGAAGCAAAUACGGUAGAAGAGAUACGCUCUGAAAAGGAUGACACAAGGGGGCCCCAAGCUGUGUUGGAAAGUGAAACUAUUGCUAGUCAGAUUAUAGGAGAAGAAUCACAGGGACAUGGAACUUUAAGAGAAGAAAAGAAAAUAAAAGAAGCAGAAACACUGGAAGAUGAGACAAGCCCACAAUCAGAAUGUCCAAGAGAGCUUCAAGGUGCCAUAGGAGAUACUGCAGCUCAGACUCUCCCAGGAGAGAAGCCAGCAGAUCAACUUCAUGUUACAACCUCUAUAUUGCCUUCUGAGGUCCAAGAAAAUGAAACAAAGGAAACAAAAUUGCAAGAAGAUGAAAGUUCAGAGAAGAUUCCUGAACAUAAAAGAGAGAUUGAGGAAGCCUCAAAUGUCAAAAUGGAGACACUUGAAAAGGCUUUAGACAAUGAAUUAUUUAUUGAAUCAGAAGAUGCUGCAAUCAAGGAGGAACAUGUCAAAGGAGGAGAUGAGACCGGGGGUGAAGAAAAUCAGUGUGAGAAAACAAAUGAAGGAAAUCAAAUCAUCCUGAAUGAAGUUUCAAAAGAAGAGGUCAUGGAGGACAAGGAAGUUACUGAAACAUUUUAUUCAACUCCCCACUCGGAAGAGCUGACAAAAGGUGACUCUGGAGAAAACGAGCUAAAGGAUCAACUGAUUGAAGACAAGACAAAUGAAGCAUUAGAAACCACAUGUCAAAUUGAAGAGCUCGUUGAGGAAGCUCAAAAGACCAGUGAGAAUGAGAUAAUUGAAAAGCAGAUCGUUUUCGAAGAUCGAACUGUUGAGGAUCCAGGCCAAGCAUCAGUUGCCAGGAUUGAAACCGCAACAGUAACGGAAGAGGAAUCAAGCAUAGUAUUAUCACAGGCAGAAGGCACCAAGGACAUUGCAGAAGGUAAUGAGAAAAUUGAUGAUAGUCAGCAAUCAGAAGAAACAACUAAUAUAGCAUCUGAUAAGCAGAUUCCAAGGGAAUUUGAUCCCAUUGAGAUAACUGAGAUUUCGAGUCCAAUUGGCAAGGAACAUGUUCCAAUAGAAUUGAAGGACAGAGUUACAGAGUCCUCACAGAUUGCUGAAGUUGGAGAUGUCAAAGAGAUUUAUCCAAAAGUACUUGAACAUGCUGGAGAAAAAACGACAGAAAAUUCAGGUGAAGAAAUAACCAAGGAGUCUAUGUCAGUGGAAGAUUCAACUAAGGCAUCGUCAUCUGACCAAGUCGAGAGCUCCACUAAGGAAACUUUGCAAGUGACUCAAGACAUGACUGAUGAGAAAAAAGAAAAAGAUGAAACUGGUGCUGCUCAAAUUCUUCUAGUGAAGAAACCAGAGGAGCCAUCUCCAGCUUCAUUAUCCAAAUUGCCUUCUGAUGAAGAACAUGGAGUUAAAACUAAAGUGGAUGCAGUUGAAGAAAAGGAACUGAAGGAAAUGGAAACUCUAGAUAAAGUUUCUUCUGAUACAAAGACAGGAGAAGAGAUAUGCUUGGAAAAGGAAGAAAACAAGGAGCUAAAAGGUGUUGUGGAGCAAGAAACUAUUGCUGUUCAGGCUCCACCAACAGAGAUUAAGGAGGACUCAGUUUCUCAUUUUGAAGAUGGCAUCAAAGAAAAUGAGCUAAAAGAUGAUCAUACUGGAGACAAGACAAAUGAAACCUUGAAAAUCCCAAGAUACGAAAUUCAAAAUGAAGUGCUCUCUGUGGAAACUGUAAAGCAUGGGGCAAACGAAAAUAUCGAGAAAGAGAUCGUUGCUGAAGAUAAAACUGUCAAGGAUCUAGAACAAGCUUCAGUUGGCAUGAAAGAAGCCACAAUUGUAAGGGAAGAGAUUCCAGGAGAAGCAGACCCCACUGAAAGCAGCAGGUCAACAAGUUCAAUUGGCAAGGAACAAUUUCCAACAGAACAGCAGGAUAGAGCUUUAGAAACCUCAGAGAAACCUCAAGUAGGAGACUUGGAACCUGGAAAAGCACGAGAGAUUUGUUCAGAAGCUGUUGAUCUUGGAGAAAAGAAAAUGACAGAUAAUUCAGGUGUGGAAAUAACCCAGGAACCUGCACCAGUGGAUUCGGUUAAGUUGUCAUUGUCUGACCUACUCCAAAGAUCCACAAGAGAAAAAAUGCAAGUGGCUGAAGGUGUCGUUGAAGAGAGGGAACUAACAGUAAGCAAGGAAGAAGCAGAAACCAUUCAAGUUAAAGAAGCAAAAACGGAUGGAGAGGAAGGAGAUGAACGAAAUAAUAAGACAGACUCUGGCUCGGAUGCUCCCGUGUUGGUAGAAGCACCUAGAGAUACCGACACUAAACCACAUAAGAAAUCUCAUAACAUGCUAUCAGGUGUUGGAUCGAAAGUCAAGCAUUCAAUUUCCAAGGUGAAGAAAGCAAUUACUGGUAAAUCUUCUCAUUCAAAAGAAUCAAAACCAAUAUCACCAAAGGGAAGUGAGAAAUGAAGAUGAUCGAUCCCCAGUUCAGUCAGUAAAGAAUCACAUUUUCUUAGAUGUUUUGUAUGGGCUUUGCUUUCUGUCAAAUAGUUUCUGAUCAUACUAUUUUUUUAGUCUUGGUGUGGGUUUCUGCAAAUUGAAAGAUCAGUUUCAUUUUUUUUUGUAUAAAAUACUUGGACAAUUGAUUGUCAAAUGGAGUGUUUUUGCAAAUUUUUUGAGCAUGCUAUAAUCACGUACAUACAAAAUUCUUAAGACACUUUCCAGUUCCAGAUUUCCAAUGUUACAAGCUCCAACACUAAUCCAGUCAAUCGAGAAAUCCACAAGCUGCUGUAAGGAAACCAAACUGGUUUGUGUUUUUACAGUAUUAUCCAUAUGUAAUAUCCAACCAUGAUCACAGAAUACAAUGAAUUCAAUCCUACAUUUUGAUAGGUGCCAUUGCCACAGCACAGAGACUACAGCCCUGGGAAUUGAACCAUAUCUUACUUCAACUUGAAAAAGCAAAGAUAAAUUUUUUUUCAGUUUCUUACUAGCAAUUGCCAUUGAAAAUUGCAGAACAAGAAAUUGUGACUGAAAACAAACAUCUUAUAACCAGAUAUCAGAAUGCCGAAUAGGGCCUUAAUCUCAAAUUCACCAUUUCAAUCAACCAUCAGCUGAACAUCAGCUUAGAUCCAAAAUGCUAUUCAAAGAAAAAAAAAUAUA